GGGGGACUUGUGUUGGGAUAUUGACCUAGAGGCCCAAUACCCAGAUCGGGAAGGCCCAAGAUAUCCGGCCCAAGUAACAGGCCCAUCACUCUAUGAUGAAAAGAUCCAGUAAGGAGACAUACCGAACGGAGUUCGGCCCAAAUAAAGAUUGGCCCAGUAAGAAGACAUACCGAACGAGGUUCGGGCUAUAUAUCAUACUUGGGCCAAUUUGACAGCAUCUUCAGUGCAGCCCAACAUCCCGUUCGAGCAACGGCCAACCAGCAAGUGGCCAGGUGCAAUUAAUGUCAGACUAUGACGUCAGCAAGUGGAAGCAUGGAUGACCAAGUCGGUGGAACAACGGCCAAUCAGCAAGAGGCAGCCCAUGCUCUUCAUUAUUAUAAAUAGAUGGUUUCAAGUCAUUGUAAGGGUUAGCAUUUCAAUACUCAAGCUCUAGAAUAGCAUCAUUUGCCCUUACUUCUUGUAUUAAAGCAUAGUUUCCGACUUACCGAUCGGGAAAUUCCUUGUAAUCAGAUUAGUUAAUUAAUACAAGUGAGCUUUCGAGUUUUAGUUAGUUCAGAUCUUAUAUUUUCUUUUACGCUUUGAUUCUGGGCCAUUCCUGAUAUAUCCAAAGUUCGUGUUGGGCUUUCGGAUCUACGGGACUUACCCUCAACAAGAGCAAUCUCACCUUUAAGCCUUAUCUUCUUUUAUUGAUGAUCUGUUAUAUCAUACUUCCUCCAUAUUUAAAAGUUCCAUAAAAUUUCCUCGUUAAGUUUUUCCCUUAAAAGUUUCAUAUUUAAAAAAAUCCCCACACUUUCCCUACAGAGGGAGUACGUAGUAUUUUUUUAUUUAGUGUAAAAACCUUAGAUAAACAAAUCCACCUUUUAUCGAUCUUUUCGAUACAAUCUCAUCAUUUUUUUUCUUUUUUUUCUCUUUUCGCCAUUUAGAAGUCAUUACUUUUUAUUCUUUGUACAUUUUUAGCUCAUCUUUUUCGUUAGCUUUGACAUUGAUGGAGUUUAAUUCCAACUACGAGAGCUAAUCUUCGAGAGCAGAUGAAAUUUAGGCAGUGUAAGACAGUAUUAUUAUUCCGGAAUUGGGAUCCUUGGUAGGAUGUGUACACGAAGUAUUUAUAGACCUUAGGUUCAAGUAUUUUAGGAAGAAACUUGUACAUUUAAUGCAUUUAAUUAUAAUAAGAGUCCCGUAACAUCUCGAACGUUGUGCAAUCAUUAUUCCUCUAGGUCCACGUUUCUUCCGUUAUUUCAUGUUACUACCAGAUAGCUAUGUUUGAAUGAUUGUCUACCACGUAAGCUCUAGGAUGAGUCCGACCUCGCUAGAACUCCGCUCAGGCUCAGAACUGCUGUCCAGCCUCGCCUGGUUGUGGGUUCUUUCACGGGUUGGAUUCUUAGUUAGGCCCAAUGGUUAUUAUUAAUUAUUAAUCCCGAUUAGUGGGCCGGUCCCGUUGAUGAGCUUUAUUUUAAUUCGAUCUUGGGCCAUGGUUGUGAUCCAAUGAUCCAUGGUACCAUCACGAGCCCCCUACUCUCUAAAAUAAGCCGGGCUUGAUUUUAGAAGAGUAACGAGCCACCUUCCUUUGAAUUUCAGAUCUUUCCUUCGUGAUAUGUAGUGUUGCUUAGCAUUUAAUGCGAUCUUAAUGUGUCAUGAGCCUGCAACUCGACACAACUUCAAAUCCGUCAUGCCAACUUCAGCACUUGAGUGCUUGGGUAGCGGUUUCCAAGCGGUUUUUGGAAAGUGUCGUCGCAUCCGGCUAUUUAUACGCACACUUUCUUCUGGUAAAAACUUAUGCAAAAUCUUCUUCGCACAAGCCUCUCACUUUCUUGGUUGGGAACCCUAGGUGGCAAGAACUUCCUUCAUCGUCUUGAUUUCCCUUUGUCAGGUCAGUUCCAUGUCCUCCUCUAAUUCCGUUUCGCUUCAUAACAUCUUUCCCGAUGAUGGGGCUAGUUCGAAUCGCCCCGGAUUUCGGUCGAUUCCCGUGGGGUUGAGAUGCAUUUCUACCUCUCCAUGGACUUCGCUCGACGGGUUCCGGUCGUCGCCCUUUCUGCUUCCGAAUUCAGCGAGGCGGUGGCCCUCGCCGGACCCAGCGUUAUCAGUUCCCGCCCCAUUCCUGACCAAAACAUAGUGGAGCCUCCUUCGCCUUCCCAUUUUCGGGUCCAUUUGGCGAGCCUGCAAGUCGGGCUGCGAUUCCCCAUCCAUCCCGCUUUUCUGGACAUCCUGCGCCAUUAUGGUGUCAUUUCGGGUCAACUCUCUCCUACUACCCACAUGUUUAUCGUCGGGUUCAUUGCCCGGUGUGUUUCUUUGAAAAUCAAACCUUACCUCGACUUGUUCCUCAUUUUUUUUCAUUCUGUAAGAUCUGGCACCUCUGACACCCAAGGCUAUUUUUCUCUCUCCCAACGGGCGGGUCAUCGAUUGUUCACGGCCAAAUCUUACCCGGAUUCCUUCAAGGGUUGGAGGUACAAGUGGGUUUGGGUCACCCCAGUAAACGACAAGCUCCCGUUCGAGAACAAGUGGGGGGAGUUGAUUCGGAGAUGGGUGAUGCCAAUCUUGUCGGAGGGGAAUGAGCUGGCCGCCAAGCUUAUUGCUGAAGGUUCGCCCUUCCUGAUGGGCCACUACGUAUGUGAGGAUGAGGGUGAUUAUGCUUGAGUUCAGAUGAGGUCAGCGAUACCUGAUCGUGUAGUUGUCUUUUCUCUUCUCUUUUUUCUUUUUAAUUGAUGUGCCAACCGAUCUUGACUGCUCUUUUGUUUUGAUUCAGAAGGCGGAAGGAUGGCGUCCCGACUGGAAUGGCUUGCGUCUAGAGUGGGGCCCAUCCCUGGUUCCAUGGUCCCGGUUAGAAAGAUCUAGACCCGGGGCGCUAUUGAGGCCGCCCCAGAGAAGCCAGGUGGGCCUGCCCACGGAGAUGGUGUUGCGACUCUUACAACACCAGCUGCUGACCUCCGGCCUCCCACUACCAGGGGACUGGGAAGAGGCUGACAUCCCAGCCCAUCUCCGGGCCUAAGGGAAAGAAGACUAGAGCUGAGGUGAAACCUUCUGAUGAAAUUGUUGAUGUUGACUCUGACUCUGACACGCGGUCCUUGGAGGGUGACAGUCAAGGGGAUACCCAACACCUCUUCAUACUAUCAAAUUGACUAUGCGCUCAGGCUCGACCUCCUUGUUUUGCGGCACGGUGAACCCCUGUCUCUUUGUCCCUGGCUGUCACCCCUCCUGCUGAUGCAGAGGAGAUAAAGGGCUUGACUCCUCGGGCUGCUAUCCGGCGGGCCGUCCAUACUAUUUCCGAGGGUUUUAUGAAUUUAUCCAUCAUAUGGAAUGGCUAUUCUGCUUUAGGCCUUCAUGCUCGCUGCCUCCGACUUCCGCCGUUCGGAUGAGGAGCAUGAUGAGGCUCAGGGCUUGCUUGCAGACCUCAAGAAGGCAGUGGCAGACCUGGAGCAGAGCCCGGCAACGAUGGAGAUGGCCAGGGUGACAGCUGUGAAGGAGGCCAGGAUCUCGCAGAAGAGAUUGGAUGAUGUCGAGGUUGCUCACCAGAUCAUAGAGGAGGAGCUGAGGAGUGCGGUUCAGACCUUCCGAGAGAGCGAGGUUUCCAGGGCGGAAGUGGAGCAGAUCUUGCUUGGUCGACGAGCUCAGAUGGCCCAAGACUGGCUCCUAACUCCAGAGGGGGAGGCCAGGUUGGACGAAGAGGGGACCAGUAUGGCAUGCAGAAGUCCCUUUAUAAGGCUCUGCAGAAGAGAGAUCUCUCCUUCUCUGCCUAGACCCGGGGGCUGCCCAAUUUGAUGAAGAACCCUGAACCCCCCCCCCCCCCCCCCCCCCAAGAGAGCCCUGUCCUGACUGAUCCCGCUCUGGAAGUUACUCCCUCCUCCACUAGUAAUUAAAUUCCAACUUCUGAACACCGAUAACAAACACUUUUCCGGGACUGCAUAUCCGUUGUUGUUUUCCACCAUCAGAGUGGCUUGUAAUUUGAAGAGUUUUUACCACUUUUGGUCCUCCGACUACUAUUAUGUCAUUGACACUUUUGAUACUCGACUUUGACUUUUUCACUUUUAGUACUAAACUAUUGUGUUAGAGACACUUUUGGUACCCGUAUUUGCAAAUUUCCAUAUUUAGUCC